UUCCCGCCAAAAAGUGUGCAUACGGCGCAUUUGGUACCAAAAAUUCUUGUGUUUGGGCAUUCAAUUUACAAUUGAAGCGUCUCGCCGAGAGUAGCAGCAAGAAUCAGUUUGUGUGUUUGAUCGAGAGUUGCAGUUGAAGCGAAGCAGAAAAAUGGCCCACGAUGGCGAGCAGUUUAUCAGGGACAUACAGCGGGAGUAUGUGGACUUUCUGGACGAUGAAGAGGACCAGGGCAUAUAUUCGGGCCAUGUGAAGGACAUGAUUGCCGAAAAGAGCAAGCGCCUAGUGGUGAACAUCAACGAUCUGAAGCGCAAGAAUCCGCAGCGUGCGAUGGGGCUGCUGAGCAACGCGUCCGACGAGCAGCUGGCCUUCGGUCGCGCCCUCAAGGAGUACGCGUCGACGGUGGAUCCCAGCUAUGCCAAGCUGCACGAAGACUUCUUUGUGGGCUUCGAGGGUUGCUUUGGCAAUCGGCAUGUGACGCCACGCUCCCUCACCUCCAUUUACCUCAGCAACAUGGUCUGCGUGGAGGGCAUCGUCACAAAGGUCUCCCUCAUCCGACCCAAGGUGGUGCGCAGCGUCCACUACUGUCCGAACACACGCAAAGUGCUGGAGCGCAAGUACACAGACCUCACAUCGUUCGAGGCCGUGCCCUCGGGCGCUGCAUAUCCCACCAAGGACGACGAUGGCAAUCUCCUGGAGACAGAGUUCGGGCUGUCCGUGUACAAGGAUCACCAGACGCUCACCAUACAGGAGAUGCCAGAGAAGGCGCCGGCCGGCCAGCUGCCACGCUCCGUUGACAUUAUCUGCGACGAUGAUCUCGUCGAUCGCUGCAAGCCCGGCGAUCGUGUCCAAAUCGUUGGCAGCUACCGCUGUCUGCCCAGCAAGCGGGGCGGCUACACCUCGGGCACGUUCCGCACGGUGCUGCUGGCCAAUAACAUUUCGCUGCUGAGCAAGGAGAACAAUCUGGACAUCUCGCGCGAGGACAUUAUGGUCUGCAAGAAGCUGGCCAAGAACAACGACAUCUUCGAGCUGCUCAGCAAGAGUCUGGCCCCCUCCAUACACGGCCACGUCUACGUGAAGAAGGCAAUUCUCUGCCUGCUGCUCGGCGGCGUGGAGAAGCUGCUGCCCAAUGGCACACGUCUGCGCGGAGACAUCAAUUUGCUGCUGAUCGGUGAUCCGUCGGUGGCCAAGUCCCAGCUGCUGCGCUACGUGCUGAACACGGCACCGCGCGCCAUACCCACCACGGGACGUGGCUCCAGUGGCGUGGGUCUGACGGCGGCUGUGACCACCGAUCAGGAGACGGGCGAGCGUCGUCUGGAGGCUGGCGCCAUGGUGCUCGCCGAUCGCGGUGUCGUCUGCAUCGAUGAGUUCGACAAGAUGAGCGACAUCGAUCGCACGGCCAUACACGAGGUGAUGGAGCAGGGGCGCGUCACCAUCUCCAAGGCGGGCAUUCAUGCGUCCCUCAAUGCCCGCUGCUCAGUGCUGGCAGCUGCCAAUCCAGUCUACGGCAGGUACGAUCAGUAUAAGACGCCCAUGGAGAAUAUUGGGCUGCAGGAUUCGCUGCUCUCGCGUUUCGAUUUGCUUUUCGUGAUGCUGGACGUGAUCGACAGCGACGUGGAUCAAAUGAUAUCCGAUCAUGUGGUGCGCAUGCAUCGCUAUCGCAACCCAAAGGAGGCCGACGGUGAGCCUCUGUCAAUGGGCAGCUCCUACGCCGAUUCGCUCUCCUUUGUCUCCAGCAGCGAGGAGAAAAAGGACACGGAUGUCUAUGAGAAGUACGAUGCCCUGCUGCAUGGCAAGUCGCGCCAGCGCCAGGAGAAGAUACUCUCGGUGGAGUUUAUGCGCAAAUACAUCCAUGUGGCCAAGUGCAUGAAGCCGAAGCUCAGCGAGCAGGCGUGCGAGGCCAUUGCCAAUGAGUACUCGCGCCUGCGCUCCCAGGAGGCCAUGGACAGCGAUGUGGCACGCACUCAGCCCAUCACGGCGCGUACCCUGGAGACGCUGAUUCGUUUGUCCACGGCCCAUGCACGCGCCCGCAUGUCCAAAACGGUCACCAUAGACGAUGCCCUCUCGGCCAUUGAGCUGGUUCAGUUUGCCUACUUCAAGCGGGUCCUCGAGAAGGAGCGCGGCCACAAGCGUCGCCGUCACAGCGGUGGCUCUGAUGAUGGGGACGAUGCCGGUGCCACUGAUGCCGCCCAGGAACGUUCGCCCACGCGACGCAGCAAGCGCACACGCACCGAGGCCGAUCCACAUGAGUUUGUUGACAGCGAUGAGGAGGAUAUCGAGACUCCACAGCCGGAUGCCGGUGAUCUGACCCUUCGCGAGACUCGUCGCUCGUUGCCAGCCGUCGGCAAGAAUGCGGCCAGCAGCAGCAGGAGCACAAGCGCCAUGGCCAGCAGUGAGGAGCAGUCGAUCGGCGUGACGCCCACACCGGCCACCAUUGCCGACGACCGUCUGGGCGCAUUCAAGAACGGCCUGCAGCGUCUGUUCCGUGACGCACGCGAGCAGAGCUUGGCCCUCGGCCGCAUUACAACGGCCAUCAAUGAGAACAACGCGGAGCCAUUUACCAGCAGCGAGAUCGAGGCAGCCGUCCAUCGUAUGACCGAGGAUAACCAGAUCAUGGUGGCCGACGACAUUGUCUUUCUUAUUUAAACAAACUAAAAAAUUCCAUCGUCCCGCCGCAUCCCUUGUUGUUUCCACAUUUAUAUUUCCUUCACACAUACAUAAUCCUCAUGCAUUGGUUAAGUUGUAUUUUUUUGUUUUCUGUGUACUUUAUAUGAUAAUAAAAUCUUUGGAACCACUAA